AAUCACAAGAAUCUCUUCUUCAGCAGCACAGCUCAUCUGUUUUAGUCGGAAACGUGUUUGGACGUGAUGGAGCCUGCAAAGGAGAACUAAAGGAAAUAACCGGAUUAAGAGUGAAGCAGAGGUUUGACUUUCUGAGAGAAUGUCGGGGGAGUGUGAAGAAAUCACAACCACUGAAAUGAGUCUUCCUGAGGGGAAAUGCAAGAAUCAAAGUGCAACAGAGAAAAGGCCAAAUUCUCCUGAAGUCAGCUGUGCGUCCUUGAAGAGUGAGCGGUCAAUGCUGGCCGCUAUGGACUUUAAAGGUGGACCAUCCUCUCAGGAAAGUGCAACAGAGAAAAGGCCAAAUUCUCCUGAAGUCAGCUGUGUGUCCUUGAAGAGUGAGCGGUCAAUGCUGGCUGCUAUGGACUUUAAAGGUGGACCAUCCUCUCAGGAAAGUGCAACAGAGAAAAGGCCAAAUUCUCCUGAAGUCAGCUGUGCGUCCUUGAAGAGUGAGCGGUCAAUGCUGGCCGCUAUGGACUUUAAAUGUGGACCAUCCUCUCAGGAAAGUGCAACAGAGAAAAGGCCAAAUUCUCCUGAAGUCAGCUGUGUGUCCUUGAAGAGUGAGCAGUCAAUGCUGGCCGCUAUGGACUUUAAAGGUGGACCAUCCUCUCAGGAAAGAGGAACUGAAGAAAGACGGCAUUCUUUUAUACCCUGUAAGACUGACCAAUCAGAGCCAGACUUUAAUGAGAGAAGAACCUCUCAGAAAAGACAAAAUUCCUCCCCAGUGAGGGAGCGAACGCGUACACCUAGCACUGACACAACAGCAGGGAUACACUCGAAGGGAAGAGAUCACUGUGAGAUGGAGGCUGCUGUGAAAACUCCCAAAUUAAAAAAGAAGAUGACUGACUUUCUCCACAACAUCUUCAACGAUCUCGAAAUUAAGAUGAUUGUCUUUAUCAAACACGAGCUGGAGAUGUUUAAGAAAUUUCUGAGGAAAGAAAACACCAGAUAUUAUGGAGAGGUGAGAGAUGAUCUGUGGAGCAUUAAAGAAGCAGCUCUUGAUAUGGCAUUGUACUUUCUGAAGUUGAUGGAACACAAUGAUCUCGCUGAUGCACUCCAAGAUGCGCUCAUAGAAGUUCAACAGCGUGCACUCAAAUCAAACCUGUGUAAGAAGUAUAAGUGUGUAUGGGAAGGAAUUGCAAAGCGGGGAGAGUCAAGCAUUCUGAGCAACAUCUACACAGAUCUGUACAUCACUGCAGGUGGAAGUGGACAAAUAAAAGAAGAACACGAGGUGAGACAAAUUGAAAAGCAAAAAACUCGUGGAAAAAAUGGAGACCAUGAAAUUGAGCAAGAAGAACAAAUUGAAUGCAAGGACAUGUUCAAACCAUUACAUGAAGAAGAGAAACCUGUCCGAACUGUGGUGACACAGGGGGUCGCUGGCAUUGGAAAAUCCAUCUGUGUGCAGAAGUUUGUUCUAGACUGGGCUGAAGGGAAUGACUAUCAGGACAUUCAGUUCAUAUUUCCACUGCCUUUCAGAGAACUGAACCUGAUGGAGAAGGAAAUGCGCAGUUUAAGGGACCUCAUCUAUUAUUUCUUUCCAGAAGUAAAAGGAAUGAGAUUCACAAAGAGGUAUAAAGUCAUGCUCAUCUUUGAUGGCCUGGAUGAGUGUCGACUUCCUCUAUCAUUCCAUCAGAAUGAGAUGUGGACUGAUGCAUCAAUGCCAGCCUCACUGGACACUAUAAUGACAAGCCUUAUGAAAGGAAAUCUUCUUCCGUCUGCUCUCAUCUGGAUAACCACUCGACCAGCAGCAGCUGCUAAGAUCCCAGCUGAACAUGUGGACCGGGUCACAGAGGUGCGUGGCUUCAAUGAUGUACAAAAAGUGGAGUACUUCAGAAAGAACAUCAGAGAUGAGAAUCUGGCCAACACAAUCAUUGAUCAUAUUAAAGGCUCAAAAAGCCUCUUCAUCAUGUGUCAUAUUCCAGUCUUCUGUUGGGUUACGGCGACUGUUCUUCAGGAGAUUUUGGGAGGAACAGACAAGGAAGACAUUCCACAGACUCUGACAGAGAUGUACACACGUUUUCUUAUCUUUCAGACCAUACAGGGAGACAAGAAAUACAAUAGAAACAAUGCCUCAGACAUUCCGUGGGAUAAAGAGGGAAUUCUUUCACUGGGAAAGCUUGCCUUUAGUCACCUGGAAGGAAACCUGAUUUUCUAUGCAGAAGAUCUCAAAGCCUGUGGAAUUGAGCUCAAUAACAUAAAGGUGUACUCAGGACUGUGCACUCAGGAGACUGGCAGAUUUGGACAGACGUUUUUCAGCUUUGUUCAUCUCAGCAUUCAGGAGUUCAUUGCUGCCUUGUUUACUUACCUAUUGCUCAGAAAUGAAAAGAAGAAUGUUUUUGAACAGCUUGAAGAGAGCAAGGAAACAAAAGCUAUUGAUUUCCUCAGAAUUACAGUAGACAAGGCUUUGGAGAGUGAAAAUGGACACUUGGAUCUUUUCCUCCGCUUCCUUCUGGGCCUGUCAUUGGAGUCCAAUCAGAAGCUCAUUCGAGGUCUGCUGACACACACAGGAAGCAGCUCUGACUGUCAGAAAGACAUAAUUAACUACAUCAAGGGCAAAUUUAAUCAAAAUCCAUCUCCAGAGAGAUCAAUCAAUCUGUUUUACUGUCUGAAUGAGUUAAAAGAUGAUUCACUCGUGAAAGAGAUCCAAAGUUACAUGAGCUCAGGACGUCUCUCUGAAGCUGAACUCUCACCUGCUCAGUGGUCUGCUCUGGUCUUUGUGUUGCUGACAUCAGAUGAGGAUCUGGAAGUGUUUGAGCUACAGAAAUUCAUAAGAUCAGAUGAAUGCUUUAAAAGACUGCUACCAGUCGUCCAGGAAGCCACAACAGCUCUGCUCAGUGAUUGUAACCUGACAGAGAGAAGCUGCUCAGCUUUACACACAGUUCUCAGCUCUGAAUCCUCCAAACUGACUGAGGUGGAUCUGAGCAGAAACCAUCUGGAGGACUCAGGAGUGAAGCAGCUUUGUGUUGGACUGAAGAAUCCAAACUGUAAACUGGAGAAACUGGGGCUGAAUAAAAGUAAUCUGACUGUGGAGAGCUGUUCAGCUUUAGCCAGCGUUCUCAAAUUAAAGUCCUGCAGUGUGAGAGAGCUGGACCUGAGCAACAACAGUCUGCAGGAUCCAGGAGUCACUCAGCUUUCUGCUGGACUGAAACACCAUCACUGUAAACUGGAGAUUCUGAGACUUUCAGACUGCAGGAUAACAGAGGAAGGAUACGCUGCUCUGGCUGAAGCUCUGAAAUCAUCCCACCUGAUAGAGCUGGAUCUCAGAGGGAACGACCCUGGAGCAUCAGGAGUGAAGCUGCUCACUGAUUUACUCCAGGAUCCAGACUGUAAACUAACAUCACUGAGACUGUUGAAAAGUCCUGAAGCAGAAGAAGCCUGUGGUCGUCUGACUAAAGUUUUAGAGACAAACCCCUUAUUGCAGACGCAUCUGAACCUGAGGGGGAAAAUAAAAGGAGACUCCAAAGUGAAGCAGCUCUCUGCUCUACUGAAGGAUCCACACUGCAGAGCUGAGACACUCACACUGACUGAAUGUAAUCUGAUGAUGGAAAGCUGUAAAGCUCUGGCUGAAGUUCUCAGUUCACACCGUUUUCUAACUGAGUUGGACUUGAGUAAGAAUGGCCUACAGAAUUCAGGUGUCCAGCAAUUAUCUGAAGGACUGAAGAACCAAAGCUGUAUUCUGGAGAUAUUAAGACUGUUGAAAAGUCCUGAAGCAGAAGAAGUCUGUGGUCGUCUGACUAAAGUUUUAGAGACAAACCCCUUAUUGCAGACGCAUCUGAACCUGAGGGGGAAAAUAAAAGGAGACUCAGAAGUGAAGCAGCUCUCUGCUCUACUGAAGGAUCCACACUGCAGAGCUGAGACACUCACACUGACUGAAUGUAAUCUGAUGAUGGAAAGCUGUAAAGCUCUGGCUGAAGUUCUCAGUUCACACCGUUUUCUAACUGAGUUGGACUUGAGUAAGAACGGCCUACAGAAUUCAGGUGUCCAGCAAUUAUCUGAAGGACUGAAGAACCAAAGCUGUAUUCUGAAGAUAUUAAGUUUGUUGAAACGUCCUGCUGCACAAGAGGCCUGUACUUGGCUAAAUUCAGUUUUAGAUGAAAACCCUUUACUCCUAAAAGAGCUGGAUCUGAGCAUGAAGGAACCAGGAGACUCAGGGGUGAAGAAGCUCUCAGCUCUACUGGAAGACUCUCACUGUAAAUUUCAGAAAAUUCGGCUGAAUAAAAGUAAUCUGACUGUGGAGAGCUGUUCAGCUUUAGCCAGCGUUCUCAAAUUAAAGUCCUGCAGUGUGAGAGAGCUGGACCUGAGCAACAACAGUCUGCAGGAUCCAGGAGUCACUCAGCUUUCUGCUGGACUGAAGAAUCCACAGUCUCCACUCAGAACACUGAGACUGUGUAACUGCAGUGUAGCAGCUGAAGGCUGUGCUGCUUUGGCUGCAGCUCUGGAAGAAAAUCCCUCACAGCUCAGAGAGCUGGAUCUGAGCGGGAAUAAAGCAGGAGACUCAGGAAUAAAGCACAUCUCGAACCUCCUACAGAAUUCACACUGCCUCCUGGAAACACUCAAACUUUCAGACUGCAGUAUAACAGAGGAAGGAUACACUGCUCUGGCUGAAGCUCUGAGACUAAACCCAUCAUCACACCUGAGAGAGCUGGAUCUCAGAGGGAACGACCCUGGAGCAUCAGGAGUCCAACAACUUACUGACUGCAAAACUAACAAACUGACACUCAGGUUGUUGAAAAGUGCUGCUGCACAGGAAGGCUAUGAUUUCCUUUCUAGGGUUCUGGGUGAGAACCCGUUACUGCAGAGAGAACUCAAUGUGAGUGAGAAAAUAAACGGAGACUCCGAGGUGAAGCAGCUCUCUGCUCUACUGGAGGAUUCACACUGCAGACCAGAGAUACUCAAGGUAAAUAAGAGCAGGAUGGGAAAUGAAGGCUGUGCUGCUCUGGCAUCAGCUCUGUGUUUAAAGCCGUCACACCUGAGAGAGCUGGAGCUGAGUGGGAAUCCACUGGGAGGAUCAGGAAUGAAGGAGCUCUGGGAUGUGCUGAAAAACCAACAAUUCAAACUGCAAAAACUGGGGUUGUGUCAGUGCCGUCUCUCUGAGGAAGAUUGUGGUGCUGUUGUAUCGGCUCUGAGAACAAACCCCUCACACCUCAAGGAGCUGGACCUGAGUGAGAACACAAUUGGAGACUCAGGAGUGAAGGAGCUCUCUGAUCUACUGCACAACUCAAACUGCACUCUGGAGAAACUGAAACUCAGUAAAUGUCGUCUCACCCAAACACAAUGUGGUGUCCUGGCUAAAGCUCUGGAAUCGAACUCCUCAUCACAUCUGAAAGAGCUGGAUCUCAGAGGGAACGACAGUGUGUCAAGUUGGAAUGUUUUUAGUUAUUUUUUGGGGAAUUCAGAAUCUAAAUUGAUUGUGAGAAUGUUGAGUCCUGAAGCAGAAAAGGCCUGUGAUGUUCUGACUGAACGUCUGGGUAUAAACCCCUUACUGCACAGAGAACUGGAUCUGAGUGGGAAAAUAUCCGGAGACUCAGGAGUGAAGGAGCUCUCGGUUCUACUGAAGGAUCCACAGUGUAGAACUGAGAAACUCAGGCUGAGUAACUGCAGUAUUACAGUGCGCGGCUGUACUGAUCUGAUAUCAGCUCUUACUUCAAACCCUUCACACCUGACAGAGCUGGACCUGAGUGAGAACACACUGGGAAAUCCAGGAGUGACUCGGAUCUCUACUCUACUAAAGAGCUCAUCUGGCAAACUCCAGACGCUUCGUGAUGCAGUGACCGGAGUGAUGCCAUUUUGGACUGGACAGAAGAGUCCAAACUGUAAACUGGAGAAACUGAGACUUUCAGACUGCAGGAUAACAGAGGAAGGAUACACUGCUCUGGCUGAAGCUCUGAAAUCAUCCCACCUGAUAGAGCUGGAUCUCAGAGGGAACGACCCUGGAGCAUCAGGAGUGAAGCUGCUCACUGAUUUACUCCAGGAUCCAGACUGUAAACUGGAGAAACUGAGGUUGUUGAAAAGUGAUGAAGCAGUGAAGGCCUGUGAUUUUCUGACUGAGGUUCUGGAUAAAAACCCUUUAUUGCAGAAAGAACUGGAUCUGAGUGGAAAGAUCUCUUCAGUGUCAGAAGUGAAGCAGCUCUCGGCCCUACUGGAGGAUUCACACUGCACACCUGAGAAACUUACGCUAAGGAAGAGUGGUGUUACAGAAGAAGGCUGUUCUGCUUUGACUUCAUCUUUUCUAUUCAAUCCUGCACACAUAAAAGAGUUGGAUCUGAGUGAGAAUAAAGUUGGAAACUCUGGAGUGCAGAGAGUUUGUGAUCUACUGAAACAUCAGCCAUGUAACCUGCAGAUCCUGAGACUUUCAGACUGCAGGAUAACAGAGGAAGGAUACGCUGCUCUGGCUGAAGCUCUGAAAUCAUCCCACCUGAUAGAGCUGGAUCUCAGAGGGAACGACCCUGGAGCAUCAGGAGUGAAGCUGCUCACUGAUUUACUCCAGGAUCCACACUGUAAACUAACAGCACUGAGACUGUUGAAAAGUCCUGAAGCAGAAGAAGUCUGUGGUCGUCUGACUAAAGUUUUAGAGACAAACCCCUUAUUGCAGACGCAUCUGAACCUGAGGGGGAAAAUAAAAGGAGACUCCGAAGUGAAGCAGCUCUCUGCUCUACUGAAGGAUCCACACUGCAGAGCUGAGACACUCACACUGACUGAAUGUAAUCUGAUGAUGGAAAGCUGUAAAGCUCUGGCUGAAGUUCUCAGUUCACACCGUUUUCUAACUGAGUUGGGCUUGAGUAAGAAUGGCCUACAGAAUUCAGGUGUCCAGCAAUUAUCUGAAGGACUGAAGAACCAAAGCUGUAUUCUGGAGAUAUUAAGGUUGUUGAAAAGUGAUGAAGCAGUGAAGGCCUGUGAUUUUCUGACUGAGGUUCUGGAUAAAAACCCUUUAUUGCAGAAGGAACUGGAUCUGAGUGGAAAGAUCUCUUCAGUGUCAGAAGUGAAGCAGCUCUCUGCCCUACUGGAGGAUUCACACUGCAGACCUGAGAAACUUGCGCUAAGGAAGAGUGGUGUUACAGAAGAAGGCUGUUCUGCUUUGACUUCAUCUUUUCUAUUCAAUCCUGCACACAUAAAAGAGUUGGAUCUGAGUGAGAAUAAAGUUGGAAACUCUGGAGUGCAGAGAGUUUGUGCUCUACUGAAACAUCAGCCAUGUAACCUGCAGAUCCUGAGACUGUUGAAAAGUCCUGAAGCAGAAGAAGCCUGUGGUCGUCUGACUAAAGUUUUAGAGACAAACCCCUUAUUGCAGACGCAUCUGAACCUGAGGGGGAAAAUAAAAGGAGACUCCGAAGUGAAGCAGCUCUCUGCUCUACUGAAGGAUCCACACUGCAGAGCUGAGACACUCACGUGUACUGACUGA